AAAAGUGAGCUGACGUCAUCGAGCAGACGGAGGACUGUGAUUGGUCAGUUUCUCUGCGUUAUUGUGCUGUUGUCAUUGCUGCUCGGCGCUGUGGGAGUAGUCAGAAUAUCCAGGACCACGACCAGAAACGUGAUUACGUAACGUGACGACGGGGUAAUUUGCUCAAGCGGUUGCUGCUGGGCGUCUGAAGAACGACUCCUCGGCUUCAAGCUGCUUUAGUAGAUUUUCUUUGAAACCUCAACAUAGCACAAUCACAGCUGACACUUUGCAUUGCAUGUCAAGACGGCGUCGAGCUGACACCGAAAAUAGGUUGGAAGGUGGACAGGGGCUAUUGGCAGACACAUGGCUGCAGUGCAUCAACCAGGGUACCCACCCAGGGACUCACUUUACUGGGAUGAAACGGAGUGCCUAAACUACUAUGGGAUGUUGUCUCUCCAUGAGGUCUUUGACGUAGUUGGUUCUCAGCUGUCAGAGACUGACAUUGAGGUGUUAUCGUUCCUCCUCAAUGAAAUCUGUCCUACAUCACACCCUCUUGAUCCAGCAGGCUGGACAGUUGAGCCCGGUGUGGGAGAUCCAGAUGACUCCGGCGUGUCCCCGAGUCCUGAACUGCUAAAGGCCUGGAGGCGGUUAAAGCCUCAGCACUCCCAGGGUCACUUAGUGGCCUCGUGUAAGCCCACAAGCGGCCUUGAGCUGCUGUUAGAGCUGGAGAGGCGAGGCUACCUCAGUGAUGGCAACCUGGAGCCACUACUGCAACUACUGAGAAUCCUCACUCGUCAUGAUCUGCUGCCUUUAGUGUCCUACAAGAAAAGGAGGACAGUAUCUCCAGAGAGAAUUGAACAGAGUUAUGGAAUAGAAGGCAGAGAGAUGGUGUGUGCCUCUGGAAUAACACACAGCUGCAGACAGACAGAAAUACCUCUUCCAUCUUUCACACAGCAAUUGAGAACCAGUAAUUACCCUCCUAUGCCUGGGCCAUCCGCUAGGAAGAGGAAGAAGAAGAGGGGAAAUGGCUGGAGCCGCAGGCCCAAGAAAACAAGCAGACAGGACCAGCCAAUACCUCUACCAUCACCACCACCACAUAAAGUGUCCUGCAAUAUCCGCCUGCGCGUCCGGGCCGAAUACCUGGAGCAUGAGUCGGCCCUCCGUGACGGUGUCUCCUCGGACAAACGGCAGCCCCUGGAGCGGCAGUUUGAGUUGUUCAGCCAAGCCAACUCUCUCCUUCGUGCCAGAGACCUGGGUUCCAUUGUCUGCGACAUUAAGUUCACAGAGCUGGACAACCUCGAGGCCUUCUGGGGUGACUACCUAAGCGGAGCUCUGCUGGAGGCCCUGAAGGGAGUCUUCAUCACUGACUCCCUGAGGAUGGCAGCAGGCACGGAGGGCGUGCGCCUGCUGAUCAGUGUGGACCAGGAUGACUACGAGGAGGGCCGAAGGGUGCUCAGAGUUCGGAGAAUGAUGUCACCCAGUAAUGGUGGGCGCACAGAGACUCACUGGGCUGCAUAGGCUGAUAAGACUCUUUUUCAUGUAUUUAUAUUACCUUUGAAUAAUGGAAUAGUAGAAAAUGCUAUUGAAAGUUAUGGUUUCAGACAGAUUUGGAAGUAUUUUCUUUUGUUGUUGCAAUCCAUGUAAUAACCACUAGAUGGCACCACUUACCAUUGGUUGUUUGUGUUCAUGACAGGCCUUAGUUGAAACAUUACCAUUAUUUGUGAAAGAAAAAUGAAUAACACUGGGUUAAUGUGCUUUGCCUUUGGAUUCAUGCACAGGUGCUACUUUGUAAGACACCAGGAUAUGGAUAGGAUGAAACAGGAUAUUUCAAGAUUUUUUCUUACUCAGGAGCAAGCAAGUCUGCCACAUGAUCUAGUGGUAAGCAACAUUACAUCUUUAAUAAAUAAGGUUAAGACAACUGGGCUGCAACAGAUGAUAGAAAAUACCUACUUAGUGUUCAUUUGCAUCCUCAUGGUCAAGGUUGCACACACAGACAAAUAUACAUAGACACAAACUAAAUGGGCCACAAUCAGACCAAAAUCCUAAUCGAGCAUUUAUUAAACACUUUGUCCAAAUGUAUGCAUAGAUUCUGACAUGGCUCUUGAAAUUCUGAAAUACAAACAGACUAUUAUACCCAACAAACCAUGCUUCACUGUUCACGGUUGCUUGGUUUUCCUAGACAUGUUGGGCUUGAAGAAUAAUGAUAAUGCCAUCUGGCACUUAUCAUUAAUAAAACAAAUAUGAAGGACAACCCUGCCAAGAAAAGUUUCUGAUCUUUAAAAAUUUGAGAAAAUUGAGCACAGAAGGAAAAGUGGGCUUCUUUCAGUACAGAUUGACCUUUAUGUGUAACUUUGGUCCACCCAUAUACACCUAGAUAACAAACACUGGGAUUCUCAGCUCUGUGUACCAUGAUAACCUGACUUGUGAUUGCGGUGGUCAGUGGAUACGGCAGUUGCCAGUAGAUGCCAGCAGUGAUUAAGGCUAGGCCUCAGCAGACCAUGGAAGAUUCAUCAUCCCAAGCUUGUCAACAGCAGCCCGGAUAAUGCAAUGGUGGCUUGUGUCCGGGCUUCCAGCUAGGCCUCGGCAAGUGCUUCUCUCAGCAAGUAAAGCACAGGACAGUGCGUCGGUCAAUAGAAGUGAUGUUGGAGAGAUCAAAAUCAAAAGUGCACAUCCCAGCUCCACUCAGCCCUGCUAUGUAGGCCCAGUAGAGUGGCUCACAAACAGCUGUCUACUCACCCUGCUGGAACUAAUGCCUGGACUUCACUCAUAGAAGACGAUCAAUAAGGCCUCUCCUCUAAGUCCCUCCAUACAGGCACGACUUAAGCAGGCAGACUUGCUACUGUCUGAAGUCCAGGGCUCUGCAGGGCCGGGGAGAGGAAGGGACAAUAGACAUAUUUCCAUGUUUACUUUUGUGUGUUUUUGAUAAAUGAAUUUCUUAAUGUAUUGUUUACAGGAGGAAAACAUUAACUAAUUCAGGGGAAAUUUUUUGUUAAAAAAAUUGCUUUUGGUAUCGCUAUUCUGUUUGUGGCAAUUUAUAUAUUAGACAUUAUUUCUGGUGAAUAAUAAAAGGUGUGAUGGCCUUAAGCUGUUUGUGCACACUGUUAUUGUUACUGAUCAAACUUUAUUGUACCAAUAACUAAAAUUGCCACAAUUUUAAACUUUGCUGCCAAAGUCAUGCAAAAGAAGAAAACUGAGAACUACACACUGGUUUUUGUCUUACGAUUCCGUAAGAUUUCAGAGUUGUCCAUAUCAAAAUCAGAAACAUUUUUAGGCAAGCUCUUGUAUAGGUAAAAUACUUGCUCAAACACAGACCAACCAAACAGUCUAAUACAUGCAUUUGGUGUUAAUUUAGGGUUUAGAAUAAAGUUUAAAGAUUAUGUGUCAUAGAAAAAUUUAUUGUGUGCAGCACAGCAGUUUUCGCCUAUAGGAAGGUUUGAAACUGAAACCUGAAACCUAGCACCACUUGUCAUCUUCUGGAAUCCCUCUGUCUUAUCUUGAAUCUCUUUGUCUUCCGUUUUGUUAUAGUGCUUGUUUUUGUUAUUUUUCUCAGUUUUCUGAAUUGUCAUUUUUCCCAGUCCUCCACCCUCAGUACCUGUAUUAGUGGGAGUGUGCCCUCUCCCUGCCCCCAAAUGGUCUGAAGAGGUCCAUCGAAUGCAGGUCACCGUGGAUCAGAUCCUUAAUUAUUUCUCCUUGCUCUAAGCUGUCAGCAUGAUGAAACCCCAGAGUGGUGUGUGCUUCGAACAUCUUAUCAAACUGCCCACCCUUGUGCUGUAUGUUCUUCCUUGUACCGUUUACUGGCUUGAAGGCCCAGCAAUUACCCUGGACGUUUGCCAGAAAAUGUGCAAAAACAGGACUUAACACUGACAAAAAACUAUUUUUUCAGUUAAUUUUAUCUGUACAUUUAUGAAAGAUUAUCUCUGCGAGAUGAUUUUUUAUAGAUGGUACCUACAUUUUAAUUUAAGAUAGUUAAGUUUUAGAUAUUUAGCUGCCUUUGUUAUCCACAACUGGUGUUGGGAAGGAUCCUUACGAAAACUACCAUCAGUGCACAUAUAACACCUAUAUUAACAUCUAUUAUGUGGCAGCUUCAUCUUCUCAUUUUGUUUUCAGAUACCUUCAUUCCCUUCUUCAAUGUUUGGCAUCAGUUAAGUAUAAGUUAGAUCAGAGUUUUAGGACCUGAAAUCAGUAUUUGUACUAAUAGGGAAAAGCAGAGAUUAGUCAGUAGGGCUAAAAGUAGUUUGUUUCACUGUAAUAUUACAUGUUUAUUUGUUAUACACAAGUGUUCUUUAAAAUAGUGAGUGGGGUCUUUGACUUUAUCACUGGGCUUCGUUGGACAUAAUUAGGUCUCCUAAUGAAGACCAACACAGUCCUCAAGCACAUGAAUAAAUAAUGUAAAUGUUGGCUAAA